AUAGCGCGUGCCGGCCGCACGGCCACCGGCGCCCAAACGCAGCAGGACCGCCCGCCCGCCGGCCCGCCGCUCCCCCCGGCAGUGCUGCACCGCUCGCCGCCGGCGCCCUGAUACGAUCGCGCCGCAGCGCCAUGUCGUCGGCGAAGAAGCCACCGCUCACGGCCAAGUCCACGGCCAAAGCUAAACACCUAUGGGCCAUUGCGUGGGACCACCUGAAGGCCUUCGUUGCCGACCUGCUCGAUGUCAGGAUGCUGCCCAUCAAACUCCUGUUCUUCAUGGAACUGGCAGGUAUCGUCACCAUCUGGCCGCACAUGUCGACGCACAUGGCGCACCUGCGGCUGACGGCAGAGGAGACGGGCCUGAUCGUGAUGCUGGGCGGCGUGGCCGGCAUCGUGGCCGCCCUCUCCGCCGGCUACAUCGGCGACAAGAUGGGCAACUUCAAGAUGUACCUGGGUUUGGCGCUGCUCAUAGAGGGCGUCGCCGGCGUGUGCCUGGUGCUGCUGCCGCCGGCCGUGCAGCAGGUAGUGCCGCCUGGCGACGCCUCGCUGAACCACCACUGCGUGGACGAUUACCUGCACAUCAACUGGCGGAUGGAGAGCUGUGAACCGCACUUUAGCCUGGCCUCGCUCAACGUGACGCUGCGGGAGUGCCGGCUGUCCUGUCACAGUGUGAACGGGAGUCAGCCGUCGGUGGGCCAGCUGCACUGCGGAGACGACCCGGCCAGCUGCUCGGUGCUGUUCCCGCCGCCCAGCCUGGCCACGGGCGCACCUCUCAGUGUUCUGAUGGUCAACUCCACCGACAACUCGACGCGACUGCACGUGGUGCCGGCCGGCGGCGGCGGCGCGCGGCCCGUGGCCUGCCCGCCGCCGGCCGUGGCCCAGUCGUGUCGCCUGCAGUGCGCCGACUCGCUGCCGCUCUCCGUGGUCUGCGCGCCGCGGGACGACCGGCAGAGUCACUCGCUGACACUGUGGCUGUACGUCUUCCUGCGCGUGGUCUACUCGUUCUGCCUGGGUACCACGUACACGCUGAUCGACACGACGGUGCUCUCCUACUGCGCGCUGUUCAACGUCGACUACGGCUUCCAGCGCCUGUGGGGCACCGUGGCCGCGCUCAUCGUCUCGCCGCUCUCCGGCAAAAUCAUGGACCUCUUCAGCACCGUCGGAGUGAUCGAAUUCAGGCCCGGUUUCUAUACGAUGGCGGCGUUUCGGUUCCUCUCACUGGUGGUGCUCUACUUUGUGAACAUCAGCUUCCGCCACAGUCCCUCCGGGUCGCUCUUCAAGUACACGAUCAGACUCUUCCAGAAGAUAGAGCUCACGGUGCUCUUCCUGGUGAUGCUGCUCACAGGUAUGGCCGUGGGCCACAUCGAGACGUUCAGCUACGUGUUCCUGUCGCAGCUGGGCGCCAGCGGCACGCUGAUCGGCACCACCAUCACGGUCGGCAGCGCCGUAGAGCUGGUCAUGCUCUCCGUGUCGGGACUCUGUAUGAGCGCCGUCGGCCAGGUCGGCCUCAUCGUGCUCGGCAUGGUCAUCUACGCCGUCAGGUUGAUAGGUUAUUCGCUGAUUGUCGACCCGAGCCUGAGCCUGCUGCUGGAGGCGCUGGACGGCGUCAACAGCGGCCUAAUGAACGCCGCCGUGGUGACGUACGCCGCCUCCAAGGUGGAGCCCGAGCUGGUGGCCACCGUGCGCGGCAUCCUCGGCUGCUUCCUCUUCGGCGGCGGUCGCGCGGUGGGCGCUCAGCUCGGUGGGUACCUGGUGGCGCGAUUCGGUCACCGGGUGGCGUUCCGGAUAUUCGCCGGUGUGGCGCUGUUCGCAGCUGCUGCCUACGCGCUGUUUCAGCUGGCAAUGCGGCGGCGACGGUCCGGCGACUUCCAGCCGGCCCCGGCCGACUCGGUCCGGGGGUGUCCGGCCCCGCGGUGUGCCGCCUAG